UCAAUCUCUAAUCAAUGAUUAUUACAGUAUUACCCUAGAAUAAGAAGAAGAGAAAAGUAUGCUGUCUAUAUCAACAAACGAGGACAUUUCACCUAUAAUUAGGCUCAAUCAUUCCAUCCCCUAACCUACACCUCUAAACAGGCAUCCCCUUAAACCCUCCAUUAAAAGACCAAAGCCAAAUACAGCACAAAACUUUUAUUUAUCCUUCUCAACAACCUUAACCCACCCGCCUACCUCUAUCUCUCCCCUCCUUCCCUCCUCUCGCUCUCUCUCUCUCCAACCCUCAUCACCAGCUUUUGCAGCUCUUCCUUCUGUCCCAAAAACACACCUUCAAUUUAAGCAAAGCCUGAGAAACCAAAUUUUUUUUUUAAAACCCCCGAAACUAAACAAAAACAAGAAAACCCAUUUUAUUUGUUUCUAUUUUUCUCAAAUCUACCAGGACCCAGAAAGAAUAGAGUAAAUUUCAGAUCUCCACCGCUCGAUGUGGCGGCCGCGUGCUAAAUCGACGGUUAAGAUUCGCGACACCCCGUCUUCUCCUUUCUCUUUCUCCACUUUCAAAGAUAUCCAAAAUCUUUGCAUUGAGGAUCAUCCCUCCAGUCCCAUAAAAAAAUCCUCCUCCAUUUUCCACCGGGUCCGGCUCGCUAACACCUUCCUCCGCUCCCUCUCAUUGUCCUUAUCCGAACCAGAACACAAUGCCACUCUAGCUCAUAACAAAACGACAACACCACCGCUCCAAGAACAACCUCUUAUCACAAUCCCGGGUGCCGACAAACGAAUUGUCGUCUACUACACAAGCCUGCGUGUGGUUCGUUCAACAUUUGAAGACUGCAAGACCGUGCAAUCUAUCCUACGUGGAUUCCGCGUUUUAAUCGAUGAACGAGAUCUCUCAAUGGACUCGAGUUUUUUAAACGAGUUAAAUCAGUUCUUUUCCGGCGGUGGUAAUUGUGGUCGGAAGCUGACAUUGCCACGUGUCUUUAUCGGAGGGAGAUACAUGGGUGGGGCCGAAGAAAUCAGACAGUUAAACGAAUCAGGUGAGCUCAAGAAAUUUAUAGAAGGAUUGCCUGUUGUGGAUUCUGGUGUUUGUGACGUGUGUGGUGGUUAUAGGUUUAUUUUAUGCGGUCAUUGUAGUGGGAGUCAUAAGUUGUAUAUAGAGAAAGCUGGGUUUAACUCCUGUACGGCUUGUAAUGAGAAUGGUUUGAUCAGGUGCCCUUCUUGUGCUGUCUAAUUUUUAUUUUUAUUUUUUCAAAUUAGAAGGUUUGUCGUUAUUUUUCCUGGGCUAAUCUUAGUUUAUAGGGUUUCUUUUCUUUUUCUUUUUCGGUUUUUGGUAUUAUGAGAUAAGUUUUUUUUUAUCUUGUAAUGUAAUAACCUUAAAAUCAAAGUUAGGAAGCUAAGGUUAUAUUAUCGUUAUAAAUUAAGACCACUUCUUUCUUUCUUUGUUUUGAAAUUAUGAUUAAUGCGUAGGCAAUUUUAGUUAUAGGAAAGAUAUGCAUGUCAUUAACUAUUUUGCAGUUUGGAGGUCCUUUUCACAUUUUGGAGCCUUGGUGAGAGUUUACUGCUGGAAGUGCAGUGACUGCAAUCAUGUGUUAAUGUCAAGGAGACUUGUUGAUUUUAGGAAGGGGAUAUGAUGACUGAUGGGGGUGGUUAUGUCUUGUCUGUUUCUUUUGGGUUUGAGCCAUGUUUGAUGCUGACUCUUUUUUCUCCUUUUCUUUUUCCUUGGAGAUUAGGAAUUUCACUUUCCUUUGGAAUCUGAUCAAGUGUCUCGUGUAUUUGUCCUCGUUUUGGCUCACAGCAAUGGGUCCUCUCCUUUUUGAAAAUUAUUGGGAGUUAGAAAAGUAUUGCUGGAUGAACAAAAUUCAUCUUUUAGUUGACUGUUCAGUGAAUAUUUAUACAGAUAACGUUUUGAGUUUGAAAAAGAAAUAGAGACUAUCUUAUCUCCUAAAUAACUAACACUCCCCUCCUCUCUAGCUUAGGGUGUCUUCUUGUCACUCGGAGCUUGCUUCUUACAUCAAGAAAUCUGGUUAGGUGCUUUGUAAAGAUACCUGUCAACUGAUCUUUGCUGGACAGAAACUAAACUUUUAGCUUUCUUUGGGCAACCUAUUCUCUUAUCGAAUGGAAAUCGAUUUCGAUA